CAACACCAACACCAAGCCGUUGUAGCUGCAACAAACACAAAGCUUCGCACAAACAUUGCUUCCUGACUCAAAAUCGUACAGCACAACCUUACACGCCACACGCCACGCUUCUAAGCUCGACAACAUGGCCAGUGAGAAGUCUGAUGUUCACAAGCAGGAGGCGCAGAUCAAGUCUGCCGACAUGAGCGAGGAGAUGCAGAACGAGGCCAUUGAAGUUGCACAACAGGCAAUGGAGCAGUUCACCAUCGAGAAGGACAUUGCGCAGUACAUCAAGAAGGAAUUUGACAACCGCAAGGGCGCAACAUGGCACUGCAUCGUCGGCAGGAACUUUGGCAGUUUCGUUACGCACGAAACCAAGCACUUUAUUUACUUCUAUCUCGGACACUGCGCCAUCCUCUUGUUCAAGACCCAGUAAGCACGAGCAAUUGGAUUCAAGUAUCGUUGGUCGUCUGGAGUUAUCAUCUGCCGUUCGUUCUACCACAGCAUCCGGACUGCUGGAGCCCACUUCUCGUCUCGGCUUAGGUUCAGAGUAGGGCACCUGCUUGAUCGUCACGGACAUCGGCCUGGUGAGACUUGUGCCUAUGUUUUGGUCAUCGGCGGUCAGGAUUGUUCAUUGUCCAUUUGUUAAGCGGUAUCGAGGACUUGAGGUGGGGUUCACGAAGUCUGGGAAGAAGGGCUACUUUUGUCAGGACACCACGAGUAUCACGAGUCUCUUCCGAGGCACUGGACGCCUAUCGAUAAACAAAACAGCAACCAUACUCAUUCUCGACGUUUUGCCG